AGCUCCUGCGGCACCCCCCUCUACGACCAGGGCGGGCCAGUGGAAAUCCUGCCGUUCCUCUACUUGGGCAGCGCUUACCAUGCCUCCCGAAAAGACAUGCUGGACGCUUUGGGGAUCACCGCGUUAAUCAAUGUCUCGGCGAACUGCCCCAACCACUUUGAAGGGCACUACCAGUAUAAAAGUAUCCCCGUGGAGGACAACCACAAGGCAGAUAUCAGCUCCUGGUUUAAUGAGGCGAUUGAUUUCAUAGACUCUGUUAAAAAUGAUGGAGGAAGGGUAUUUGUGCACUGCCAGGCUGGCAUUUCCCGAUCGGCAACCAUCUGCCUUGCUUAUCUCAUGAGGACCAACAGAGUCAAACUGGACGAAGCCUUUGAGUUUGUGAAGCAGAGAAGAAGCAUCAUUUCCCCAAACUUCAGCUUCAUGGGGCAGCUGCUUCAAUUUGAGUCGCAGGUCCUUGCCCCUAACUGCUCAGCAGAAGCUGGUAGCCCUGCUAUGUCAGUAUUGGACAGAGGAGCAUCAACCACCACGGUCUUUAACUUUCCAGUCUCCAUCCCUGUUCACACCUCGUCCAGUGCUUUAAGCUAUCUUCAGAGCCCCAUUACCACUUCUCCAAGCUGCUAAAAAGCUGGUGAAAACAUGGUCAGAACUCAGACUUACUGUCUCAGAAGUGCAAUAACUAUGGGGACAGUGUCAUCAGUCAUUCGU